AUGGAUAUAAAUUUAACUCCUAGACUUAAUCUUGAAUUUGACAACAUAGAAGACUCAUGGAAAUUUUGGCAAGAUUGUGGAAGGAGAACAGGUUUUGGUGUUCGCAAAGAGAGAUUUAAUAAAAGUAAAAAGGAUCAGUCAUAUUUAAGUUAUCUAUAUGUUUGUCGUAAAAAAGGGGUGCGAAAACCCGACAAACGAGACAAAUACACUAAGAAUCCUAGACCUGAGACAAGAUCAGUUUUUCUUGAUCAUAAUCAUGACCUCCAGCCCCCUGAAGCUGUCCACAUGUUUCCAUCAUUUCGUGAACUAACAUCGGCUCAAGCUUUUGAAUUAGAAACUGCUGAAAAAGAUGGGAUUAAUCAAAAGUCAUCAUUUAAGUUGAUGAGUGAAUAUGCAGGAGGAAGAACCAAUUUGGGAUAUACAAGAACUGAUAUAAAGAAUUAUCUUAAUUCAAAAAGACAACGAGCUAUGUCAUAUGGUGAAGCUGGAUGUAUUUUUCGUUACUUUGAAGAACAAUUGGUGAAAAAUUCAUCUUUUUUUCAUGCUCAUCAAAUGGACUUAGAGGAGCAAGUUACAAAUGUGUUCUGGGCAGAUGCACGAAUGUUAAUUGACUAUGCUUACUUUGGAGAAGUCAUUUCACUUGAUACAACUUAUUACACAAAUCGAGAUAAUAGACCUCUUGCUAUUUUCUCUGGCAUUAACCAUUAUAGAGGAGGGGUAAUAUUUGGAGCCGCAUUGUUAUACGAUGAGACCAUUGAGUCUUUCAAAUGGCUCUUUGAGAUUUUUUUGCGGGCACACAAGAAUGUGAGGCCAUUAACUAUUUUCACUGAUCAGGAUGCUACAAUGGCACAUGCAUUACAGGAAGUGAUGCCAGAAUUAGCCAGUGAUGCAUCAGAAAGUCUCGAAGCAUUCUCUCUAGUUCAUGAAGGCAUAUUGGAACUUACUAAGAGAGUGGAUGAGCUUUGCAUAAAGCAAAAAGAUACUGAUGGUGAUGGGGAUGGUGAAAGGAAUCAUAAGAGUAACUAUGUUGAUAGAGGUAAUGGUGGUAAUAGUAAAGCACCACUUGAUUGUGACAUGACAUCACUUGAAGCACUUCAAAUCAGCCAAGCAUUUACAAAUGGUUCUGCUUGA